UUCGUCUUCGUCAAACAAAACCGAAUGUACCACGCCUAGUCCUUGUUUGAAAAAUAAAGGAAUAACGCUACAUGUUUUCGUAUAAAAAGACGAUUGAGAAUCAAACUCGGCACUUGGUUUGCAGCUUCUGUUCUAUUCAAGCAGUCAAAAUGAAAGUCUUGAUCAUUAGCGUCUUCUUGGCUUGUGCCUCUGCCCAGUACUAUCCUACUGCCUACUAUGGCUAUCCCGGUUUCACUAGCCAAUAUCAUGCCCAGGAUGUUCUCGGACAGGCCACAUAUGGUUUCUCUCACCCUGGACAGUCUGCUUCCCAUUUCCGUGACGCUGCCGGAAAUCAAGUAGGAUCUUACGCUUACAUCAAUCCAGAUGGCAAACACGUCAGCGUAUCGUACACAGCUGAUCACCGAGGUUUCCGCGUUUUGUCCAACGACUUGCCUGUUGCUCCCGUUGCUCCCGUUGUCGAGCUCAAGUCUCCCGAACCCGUUCAGGACACCCCUGAAGUAGCUGCUGCCAAAGCUGAGCUCUUCCGGCUCCAGAAGGAAGCAUCAACUGCCACAUCCGCAAGCCGCAAGAAGCGCCAAGUUCCUUUCUACCCAGCUGCUUUGCCCUACACCGUGCCCUAUGCCUCCGCUUACUACCCGACCGCUCUCCCGUACACUGUUCCCGCUCCUUUGGUAGCUAAGACCACCUACAAGACCGUCACGGCUGAAGCUGAUUUGACUGCCAAGACUCCAGCUGACACCAACAAAUUCGAUCUGAAGGAAAAGAGCUAUGAUGUUGUUACUCCUUUGGCGUACCACACUCCUUACUUUUACUCUUAUCCUUACUACCCCGCUGCUGCACCCGCUGCCGCUCCCGUUGCCGCCGAGAGCUCUCGCAAGAAGCGACAGGUUCCAGUUUUGCCUUACAGCACGGGUUUCUACCACCCCGGUGUCCAGUACGUCGCUCCCGCUCCUUUGGUAGCCAAGACUACAUUGAAAACUGUCACUGCCGAGGCUGACUUGACUGCCAAGACUCCGGCUGAUACUCACAAAUUCGACUUGAAGGAAAAGAACAUCGAUGUUGUGACUCCUGUGGCGUAUCCCACUGCUUACGGUUACACCUACCCUCGUGACUACUUUUUCUUCAACGGAGUCUAUGGUUUUGCAUCUGGGUGUGGUCACCGCGAAAACCAGAAACGGGAACAGAGUGUUUAUGCAGAGAUGACUCCCAACCCAUCACCCCAACUUUCAAGGACACAUUUAGACUUGUUCAGAUUAAAGGGAGUAGUCUAUCGCCCGUGGUCAAAUUUCGCAAGAAAUUUUAGUAUAAAAAGACGGACACCAAUUACAUUCGGUACUUGGUCUUCUGUUCUGUCCUCUACGAGCAUCAACAUGAACGUCUUGAUCCUUAGCGUCUUCUUGGCUUGUGCCUCUGCCCAGUAUUAUCCUACUGGCUACUAUGGCUAUCCCGGUUUCACUAGCCAAUAUCAUACCCAAGAUGUUUUUGGACAGGCCGCUCACGGUUAUGCUUAUCCUGGACAGGCUGCGUCCAACUACCGAGAUGCGUUCGGCAACCAAGUCGGCUCUUACGCUUACAUCGGACCCCAAGGAAAGGAAGUUCGCGUUAACUACGUUGCCGAUGCUCUCGGCUUCCGCGUUUUGUCCAACAACCUGCCUGUGGCUCCCGAAGAUACCCCUGAAGUCGCUGCUGCUAAGGCUGACCACGUGAAAUUGGUAAAAGAGGCCCUGGCCAAGAAAGCCGAUGAGCCCACCAGCCGCACUAAGCGUCAGGCUCCUUUCUACCCGGCUGCUCUGCCCUACACCGCACCUUACUUUCCUUUCUAUCAAAAUGCAUUGCCCGCUGUCCAGUACGCUGCCCCCGCUCCUUUGGUAGCUAAGACCACCUACAAGACGGUCACUGCUGAGGCUGAUCUGACCGCCAAGACUCCAGCUGACACCAACAAAUUCGAUUUGAAGGAAAAGAGCUAUGAUGUUGUUACUCCAUUGGCGUACCACACUCCAUAUUUCUACUCUUAUCCUUUCUAUCCUGCUGCUGCACCCGCUCCCGUUGCCACCGAGAGCUCCCGCAAGAAGCGUCAGGUUGUCGCUGUUCCCGCACCCACCCAGCAGUUCCUUGAUGACCUCAAGUACAAGAGCGUUGACCUGAACCAGAAUGGCAUGCCCGACAAUGCUGUUGUCCCAGUUGCUCCCGCUUUCCCUGCUCUCUCUUACCUGCCUUAUUCAGGCUAUGCUUACUCUACCUACUAUCCGACCACCUACCCUUUCACCAACAAAUUCUAUUAGAAAAAUGCAAACGGAUUGACAUUACGAUUAUCCAACAAUUGUCGAGUAAUAACUUUGUUGUUCCACAUGUGUAGGGAUGAUGGCGGAAAUUAUGAUUGGGAAAUGAUUACACUUUUGUUUUGUUUUUUUCUGGAAA